CUGUGAUAGCAGCCUGCCGUUACUACAGCAGCGGUACCUGGAACUUCGCUUUGCAACCAGAUAAAAUGGGUCUAGAGGAACAAAGUGACAGAGCUAUGAUGGCUGCAGUGCGUGCAGGAGAUCUUAAUGCACUGAAAGAACUGGUCUCAAAUGGUGCUGAUCCAAAUGCCAAAGACAGUUAUGGUCAACCAAUUUUAUUAGGUGCUGCUAAUAAUGUGGGAAUCCUCAAAUAUUUGUUGGAAGAUGUUCAUCUUCCAAUAGAAGCCUGUGAUAAACAUGGCUAUACACCUCUUUUGAGAGCAUCAGCAAGUGGAAAUCUGUCUGUUGUGCAGUAUCUGGUCUCAUCUGGUGCCAACCUCUUGGCUAGAACUGCACUGGGCGAGACAGCAUUGCACCUUUCUGCUCGCAGUGAGUCAGUGGAGACAUUCCAAUUCCUCCAACAGUCAGGAGUUCCAAUGGAUAUCCUGGAUAUUCGAGGCCGAACUGUGCUUCACCAUGCAGCUCAGUUUUCAUGUCCAAACAUGGUGGAAUAUAUUCUGAAAGGCAGCUGGUGGCCUGUUGACUGCCAAGACAAGAAUGGGCAAACACCACUGAUGUUGACAGCAGACUUCCCAAGAAAUGAGAGAGAUCGAAUCACUUAUAUUCACUGGUUCCAUAUGUCAGAGGGAUAUUUAAACAAGGUCAUAAGACUUCUUGUUGAUGCUGGUGCUGAUCUUUCAAUACAGGAUGUGCUUGGAAGAACUGUGCUUCAUCAAGCACUUGGAUAUAAGGAAAAUUUUGAGUUCUUGUGGGACAAAUGUCCAGAAUUCACACACUCAGUUGAUAAGAAAGGACAGACUCCAAUACAAAUAGCACUCUUAAACUCCCGCUAUCGCUGGGAUAGGCGUUAUGUGAUAAGGAAGUUGCUGGAAGCAGGUGCAGAUUUCAAAUCAGUUGGUGAAGAUGGGAAGACGGCUUUAAGUGUGGCAGCGGAGCAAUACUCUUAUGAUAUUGUGAACUCUUUAAUAAAAGCAGGAGCUGAAACAUCAUGCUGUAAUAAGGACACUCUUACACAGAUUCUCUACCUUGCAUCAGGGAAAGACGAUUUUGAGUUAACAAACAAAGUAAUUGCUGAAGGAGCAGAUGUGAAUGGCAGAAAAAUUGAUAGAUAUCCAUCUUCAACAGAGAAAGGCCACACUGUGAGAUGCUUGGGGUGCUACACUACAGGUUGUCAAGUGCACAGUGAGCUGUCCGGGCACUCACCUCUCUUUCAGACUCUCCAUUCUCUAAAGAUGGUCAUGUUGUUGAUUGGUGCUGGAGCAGAUGUGAAUUUCAAAGAUAACUAUGGUUGCUCGCCACUUCACACAGCUCUGGAGUGUGGACAUCAUGAGGUCCUGGAUGUACUGCUAGACGCAGGUGGUGAUCCAAAUGCUGUAGAUGACUGUGGAGUAUCCCUGCUUCAUACAAUUGCAUCAAGAUCUGUAGCUGCCAUGGUCUAUCAUACAAAGCUCCGUCAGAAAAUUAUGAGAUUUACUGAGAGACUUAUAGAAGCUGGCGCCAACAUUAAUAUUAUGGAUCAUCAGGGAAGGACACCACUUCAUUAUAUAGCAGUAGAAGGAAACAAUAAGGGAACUAUACAACUCACAGAAAAGAUGAUAGAAGCUGGAGCCAGAGUGGAUGUGGCUGACCAUCAUGGCAGAACACCACUACAUUAUGUGGGACAGUCACGAAAUUUAGGAAAUUAUAAGGGAAUGCAGGGGAUCAAGGGAAUUAUGCAACUCACAAGAAUGAUGAUAGAAGCUGGAGCCAGAGUGAAUGUGGCUGAUGAUCAUGGCAGAACACCACUGCACUAUGCAGCACAGGCUGGAAAUUAUAAGUAUGUGAAAGAACUCCUCAAAGCCGGAGCUGAUGUCAAUGCAAUGGAUAUGGAUGGUGCAACACCACUUCUUAUGCAAAGCAGUCGUAACUAUCAUGAGGUUACCCAGUUACUGGUUCGUGCUGGAGCUGAUGUGACAGCAAGUGCUAAAAAUUGUCAGAGAAUCAUACAUCGUGCAUCUCAAGUUGGGAGCACCACAGACAUUGACUAUCUUUUUGAUAUCUGGCCUUCAAACUGGGGCAGUGAUAACCAGGGCAACACCAUUCUACACUUUGCAACCACGUGUAGCAGGAACAGACUUCAGUUUAUAGAGCAAAUUGUGUCAAGGAAGCUGGUAUUUGUAGAUGAAAGAAAUGUGCAUGGAGAGACACCACUUGCAAUGCUUGUAAAGCACAGUUCAAAAUGUAACUCUGCACAGGAUGAAGUAGAGAUCUUGCUGGGAGCAGGAGCAAAUCCCACCACUAAGGACAACAACGGGAAUACACCUUUACACAUGGCAUCCAGUGUCGGCAAUGUAAAGGUAAUGGAGCUCUUGAUCAAGGCUGGAAUAGAUUUCACUCUGAAGGAUGUCAUAAAUCAAACAUCCCUGAAGUGGACAUCCAGUGCUGAAGGGGUGGAAGAUGCAGACCAUGUAAGAAAUCAGAAAAAAGCAGCAAUAAUUGAUGAAAAGAACAAUGAGGGCCAAACACCACUACUGUUAGCAGCAGGCUGCAGGGAUGCAGUCAGCUUGCUCCUGAGGGAAGGUGCAAGUAUUAGUGUGAAAGAUCACAGUGGGAAGACCCCUUUGCAAGUAGCCAUUAAUCAAGGCAGUCACAGUGCUGUAAGACUGCUAUGGGGUGCAGGAAGCAACUUCCUUGACAUCCCACAGGAGUGUCGCAACAAAGCAGUGCACUUAGCAGUAACAUCAGGAGAUUUAGAGGUGUUGGAACAUUUGAUUUCUUUGGGACUAUCUAUGUCAGAUAACUGGUGGGAUCCUGAUCACAAGACAACAUUGCUUCAUUGUGCAGCAAAAUGUAAUGUGGAAAUGCUGAAGUAUCUCAAAAACCAAGAUUAUAUGGAACAUGGCCUAGAUUACAAAGGACGCACUGCAUUGCAUUGUGCAGUUUUGUCAUCAAAUCACAUAGUAGCAAAGUAUUUGCUGGAAGAAGUACAUGUUCCGGUUGAUGAGAGGGAUAAUGAUGGCAUGACAGCUUUAAUGUUGGCAGCCAGCAACAUGCAAUAUUAUGACAAACAAUUUGAUAUGUUUGAGAUUCUGGUAAAUGCAGGGGCAGAUGUUAAUAUUAGAGACAGAAAUGGUAAGGCUAUAUACGAAAUGGUGGAUUAUACUAGGGCUGAUAUGACCAAAGAACUACUGGAUUACAUGCAGUAUCGACUUUCGUCAUGCAUGGACAAGUAAACAAUUGUGAAUGUUACAAAUGCAUGAAAUGAAGGUGUAGGAUAAUGUAUUUAGGGAUAUUAUCUAUAUGCAAGUUAUUUUUGUACAUUUAAUUAUUUUUUGGAAUAAAGGUUUAAAUACCAUACCAAACUUUUUCUGUUUCAGAUUUUUAAAAGUAUGUAGACAUUUGUAAAUGUUUUUUGUGCGCUAAUUUACCAAGAAAUAAAAGGAACACAGGAAAGGGAAGGCACAGAAAGAAGCGUUUCCUACAAAAUUGUGAAAAAUGAGCGUAUGAAAUGAAGCCACUGUGUGGUGGUUCUGAGGAGAAUUGUACAAAUACUAUUUACUGUUUU